UCAGGAAGUAAGAGUGAUUGAAUAUAGGAAAGCAUCGAACUGUUGUAAUGGACUUCCGUCAGAAUCAAAAUGUGAUAUAAUAGCGAAUGAUGUUGAUCCAUGUGAUUAUAGUUCUAGCUGUAUUUAUGAUAAAACAUCUGGUAGCGCAAAGUGCUUCAACGAAGAUCGAAAGGGAGGCAUUUGGAUCGGUAUUGUAAUAUGUUUAUUGGGAGGUGUAGCCGCAAAUAUCGGAUUGAAUGUUCAAAAAUAUGCUUUUACUAAGUACCAAGAUGAAUUGAACAAAAAAUCAGGUGUAGAUGAUGAUGUUAAUUCUAUAAAUAAUUUGGAACGUUCUAGCCUUUAUAGAAAGUUGGAACGUUUUAUGUUCUGGAAACAAAUCAUUGUAUCACCGCUCUGGGUCCUUGGGCUGGGUAUCUACAUUUUCGGAAGCUUGCUAGGUUUUGUCGCACUCAAAUUCGCUCCACAAUCGCUCGUCGCCCCACUAGGUGUUGUAUCUUUAGUUGUCAAUCUGAUAAUCGCUCCGAUACUUCAUCAUCAAAAAUUAACAAUCUGGGACAUUGUUGGUGUCGUAAUCAUCAUAUGCGGUAGUAUCGUGAUCACAGUAUUCUCUGGAAUUGUUAUACAAGAUUAUAAAUUAUGCGCUCUUAUUGGAUUAUUUCAUCGAAUCCAAACAAUCGUUUAUCUUUCUACGAUUGCUGCUUUUAUCUGUGCUUUAUUUACUUUUAUACGCGUCAUUGAAAGGAAUGCAGCUCGAGAGGAUGAAAUUGCGCUUGCCCAAGAAGCUGCCAAUAUUAUUGCUAUCGGACAUGAAAACAGUACCCCCGAAUCAACUAAUGUAAACGAAUCAUCGCUGAUCGAAGGGGAAAAUGGAUCAUCAGCCGUUGUAACGGAACAAGUUAAUGACUCGAUGGACAAAGUCACGCAUACGUUGUUUAACAAGAAGGAUAUUACCGAUAAAGUGGUGCUUGACGUUAGUAACGCAAAACAUAUACCUCCAACUCGGAAUUCAAUUUCUUCAAUGCGUACAACCGGAUCUGCCGUUAGAAAACGAAAUCUUAAAGAAAAGGUUCUUUUGCCACUGGCUUAUGCAAUAUUGGCAUCCAGUUUGGCUACAAUCACCACCCUGUUUGCAAAGUCCCUUGUUAAUUUAUUGACAAUAUCAUUUGUACAAAAAGAUAAUCAAUUUAAAGAUUUAUUAUCAUGGAUGAUACUCUUGAUCACUGUUUCAACAGCGAUUGGUCAAGUCUAUUGGAUAAAUAUGGGAUUAAAAAAGUAUGAUGCAUUAUUGCAGAUAAAUAUGUGGGAUUUAUUGUUGGAAUAUGCCUUAUAUUCUUUGGUGUAUCAUUAUUAA